UUAACGGCUGUGGACAUCAAAUACAGAGAGAGAAGAAAGUAGUUUUUUUUAGGUUGAAAAAAUAUAUACACUAAGCAAUUAUUCAUAUCUCAAUCACAUAACAGAAAAACUCAGAUCUUUACCGAAAUUAGCUUCACUGUAAAUCACUCUCUAAAAACAACACAUCAGAUAGUGAUCUUCUUCAAAUCAUUCUCACAAGUUAAAUCUUCUUACAAAGAUUAGAUAACGACUUAUUAAAGUACCGAAUCAGGCCCGCCACUUGGAAAAGUUGGUCGUUUUCUGCUAUUACCGGUAUAGAUGAACACGUGGAUGUUUUUCUGCAUGAACACGUGGAUGCUAUUACCGCACAGUAUGGCUGCUUACUAGUUUUUGUGAUCAAGAACAAAGAGGAUUUAUCUGGCUGGCCUUCUUAAUAAGGUGGCUCGUGUAGACAGGGAAAAUGGGGGACUCACCAGACUUCUUACCGAAGGGUUGGAUUAUGGAAACCAGACCGAAACAAAAUGGUACUACAUAUAAGGUUUAUAUUGCUCCAUCCUCCGGGUUGAAGUUCCAGUCCAAGAAAAAAGUGUUUGAGUAUCUUAACAAUGAAGAGCUCAGCAAAAGAUCAAGUUCAAGUAAAAGCGGCGCUGCAAGCAAACUUGCGAGGAAAACAGAGGAAUCACCUGAUUACUUACCAAAAGGUUGGAUAGUGGAAACCAGACCGAAACAAAAUGGUGAUACAUAUAAGCGGUACAUUGCUCCAUCCGGGCAGAAGUUCAAUGCCAGGAAAAAAGUGUUUGAGUUUCUCAACAUUGAAGAUCCCAGCAACAGCUCAAGAUCAAGUGAAAGAGGCUCUGAUGUGUCCACAAGCCAAGCUACAACUCCAUGCAAAGAUACAGGGGACGCGUUACCAGCCGGAUGGGUCUCAGGAGUGAAAGUUAGAAAGUCGGACAAAUCCAGAAAAGACUCGUAUUACAUAGAUCCUGUAACCGGAUACAUUUUCCACUCAAGAAAGGAUGUUUUUCGCUAUCUAGCUACAGGGGAGAUUGGAAUACAUGCAUCAAAACCAUAUAAUGGAGUCUCCGACACCAUACAGCUAACAGAUGAGGACGACUCUCCAUCAAAUACAGCCAAACGGCGGAAAGUAGAAGACAGUACAGUGACAAGAUGCCUUUUCACAGGCCAGAGUACAAACGAAAUGACAGUGGACAAUAACCAGAUGCAAGACCCACCUGCGAUUAAGGAAGAGCCAACCUCGAAUGAAAUGACAGUGGACAGCAACCAGAUGCAAGACCCACCUGCAAUUAAGGAAGAACCAAUCUCGAAUCAUGCCUCAGUUCAAGGUUCAGAAACUGUUAGUCCCGAUAAUUCGAAGAAAGGCCGAGUGCUACGUUCUGGAAAAACCCUUGAUACAGUAUUACCUGCACCAGGGAUCUCUGCGGACUCCAAUGAUUCAAAGAAAGGCCAAAUGCUACGUUCAGGAAAAACCCAUGUUACAGCUUCACUUGAUGAUUCAAAGAAAGGCCGAAUGCUACGUUCUGGAAAGACCUUUGUGGCAACUUUACCUGCAUCAGAGAUCUCUCCAGACUCCGACGAUUCAGAGAAAGGGAAACUGCUAUGUUCUGGACAAACCCUUGGUACAGCUUUACCUGCACCAGAGAUCUCUCCAGACUCUGAUGAUUCAGAGAAAGGCGGACUGCUAUGUUCUUCUGGAAAAACCCUUGGCAAAGCUUUACCUGCACCAGAGAUCUCUCCUGAUUCCGAUGAUUCAAAGAAAGGACAACUGCUAUGUUCUGGACAAACCCCUGAUACAGCUAUACCUGCACCAGAGAUUCCUCCAGACUCCGAUGAUUCAAAGAAAGGCCGCCUGCUACGUUCUGGAAAAACCCAUGGUACAGCUUUACCUGCACCAAAGAUCUCUCCAGACUCCAAUGAUUUAAACAAAGGCCGACUGUUACGUUGUGGAAAAACCCUUGGUACAGCUUCACUUGCUCAAGAGAACUCUCCGAAGAAGCAACUGAAGGAAAUUAAAGGCGGGGUCGGAAAAAGACAAAACAAAAGAAAUCGUGUUAAAACUAGCAAAACUAAAGAAGAAUCCGGUUCCCCUCUCCGGGCUUCUAAACGACUGUCUGGAGUUGAAGUUGAACCCAUGCUUGACUUGGAAGUUGGCAGUCGAAAGAGUGUGGUGGCAUCUGUACGUGAAGUAACUGGAGGUAAAGCAACUAAUUCCAAUCAUCAGGUACUAGAGCCUGUAGACCAAAUUGGUUCUGCUUUGGAGCCGAAAACCGCAAUCAGAGGUAGGGAAAGUAGAAUUCUGAUGGAGUGUGAAAAAGCGAACCAUAAAGAUGGAGACACAAAGAAGACUCACGAGCUGGUAGAGCCUAAAAUCUUAACCAGAGGUAUGGAAAGUGGAGGAUUGCAGUGUGAAAAGGCAAGAUAUAAAGAUGGAGACACUGAGAAGACCAAUGAGCUGGAAGACCAAAUUGGUUCUUUGGAACCCAAAUUUGUAACUAGAGGUAAGGUUGGAGGUGCGGAGAACACAAGCCAUAAAUUUGUAACUAGUGGUGAAGUUCGAUUAGAGCGUGAAAACACAAGCCGUAAAGUUGGAGGUGCGGAGAUGAUCGAUGGGCUGGUACGCCGAAUUGGUUCUGCUUCGGAACAAAAAUCCUUAACUAGUGGUAAAAUAAGUGGAAAAGUUCAGUUAGACUGUCAAAGAACAAAUCAUAUAGAUGGAAAUACGGAAAAUACUCAUGAGCUGGUAAACGGAAUUGGUUUUGCUUUGGAGCCCAAAACCAUAACUGAAGGUGUGGACAGUGGAGAAGUGCAAUUGGAGUGUGAAAAAGCAAUCCGUACAGAUAGAGUCACGGAGAAGAUCAGUGAGAAACCAGCUUGUUUGAUGGACUUGCCAUUUGGAGAUAUCUGGCGUGAUCCAUGCUUGGAAUUUGCAGUCAAAACUCUUAUAGGAGAAACCAAAAUCCUAAGUGGCGGCAAGGAAAAUGGAGAAACUCUGUUGGAGUGUAAACAAGAGAUCCAUAAAGAUAGACGCGUGGAGAAGACUAUUGAGAAACAAGAAUGUUCAAUGAACUUGCCAUUUGGAGAUUCCUGGCCUGAUCCAUGCUUGGAGUUUGCAUUCAAAACUCUUACAGGGGAUCCCCAAAUCUUACCUAAUGAAAGUGGAGAAGUUGAGUUGGAGUGUGGAAAGGCAAUCCAUCAAAAUAGAGACAUGAAGAAGAUCAAUGAGAAACCAGAAUGUUCAAUGAGCUUGCCAUUUGAAGAUAUCUGGCGUGAUCCAUGCUUGGAAUUUGCAUUCAAAACUCUUACAGGGGAUUCCAAAACCAUAUCUGCAGGUAAGGGAAGUGGAGAAGAUAAGUUGGAGUGUGAAAAGGCAAUAGGUAAAGAUAAAGACACAGAGAAGACCAAUGGAAAACCAGAAUGUUCGAUGAACUCGCUGUUUGGAAAUUCCUGGCCUGAUCCGUGCUUAGAAUUCGCAUUCGAAACACUUACAAGAGGAUCCAAACCCAUAAUAUCUACAGGUAGUGGAAGUGUUGAAGUUCAGUCAGAGUGUGAAAAAGCAACCUGCACAGCUAGAGACAUGGAGAAGACCAAAGAGAAACCAGAAUGUUCGUUGAACUUGCCAUUUGGCGAUUCCUGGCCUGAUCCAUGCUUAGAGUUUGCAUUCAAAACGCUUACAGGGGAUUUUCCCAUGGAAGGUGAUUUGACAAUUCAAGAUUAUUUCCAUCCAAGUCAAACCCCAAAUGCAAGAGACAAUGGAGUAAAUGGGUCUUGCCAAAUUGGCAAUCAGCUCAGGUUUGAUCCACCUGAAAAGUCAGCGUCUCAGCUUCAGUUGCAGAAGAAUCCAGGGUUUUCGGCCCAAGGUAAUGCAAAUAGGUUAACUUAUGGAGCAAAGAAUGGGUUCCAGCAAAAACAUAUUGCUGGUAGUGGACAGAACUCCAGGUAAAGUGAACAAAAUAGUCUCUUCUUUUUUUGUAAAUCAAAUGUAGGAAAAAAGAAUUAUGUACAAAUGGCAAGGGUGUUUCGGAUGAACUAUUGAGUAUCAUUUUGGAGCUUCAUCCUUUAACCAUGUUUUCUUAGAUGCAACUGUUGCUCACCACUCGGAUGUAAGCCAGAGAUCGUAAUCAUAUUAGCAAACUACGAGUUGUGGUUAGCUUGAGGUACGUA